AUGGAACAAGCAAUGCGAGAGGCCGCGGCAAAGGCAGCAAACAUAACAAUGACGAGGCAAAGAUCGGUAGCGUUGGGCCAACCCCCAGGACCACCACUCAACCCACCGAGAAAGGCACCUAAUAGGAACCAAGGUCCUCCACCACCACCACCUCCCCCCCCUCCCCCCACUCUGGCUACACCAAGAACAGUAACACCCCAAGUCGAAAAUGAAAACCACCCGCCAGACGAACCGUCGACGCUAGACCAAUCAACGGGGGAUGUGGACGGGGCACCGCUAGAGGAAAACGAGCUAGAGCAACUUUUGGAAGACGCAGCGAGACUGCUACAAGGUCCAGAAAUCGCAUCAGACGAUGACGACGGAAACUCUUGGAGGCCUCCAAUACCUAAGGGGAAGGGAAAGGCGGUCGAUCAGACGAGCCCGACGACAUCGGGAGAAUCAUCUACAAGCAGCAACCCAAGUAAAGUUGAACCGGCGGAAGUCAUUGACUGGAACGCACAAGCAGACCAACUCUACGAGGAGGGAAGAUUCGCCGAAGGAGCGGCAAUCCUGAGAUACAUGAACGAGCCCGCCAGGGAGCAACCCGAGAACGCACCAGUAGCGAGCGGCAGCGGCAGAGCCGGACAGAGACCAUACAGCCUGGUAGAAGACGAACUAACCUCCAACUCCGACAGUCUGGGGAACCUGCCAUUGGCAAAACGCCCACGGGUCGAAAUCCAAACACCCCAAAGAGCCGGCAACACAACCUGUACUAACGCAACCAGACCGGAGACCUCAAACGACGCCCACAACCUACGCCAUCGCCAAUAUCGGGAACCUGAUCAGUACAAUCGUGAAGAAACAGACUAUCAAAGACCAGGACAAACCCAAGUCCAAGGCCACAACCGCCCACACCAAGAUCCCGCAACUAAUGAAACACAGAGAGAGGACGACGAAGCCGAACAAGUCAAGCUAUUGAUGGCUUCGAAGAAGGGGAGAUUAGUGCUGAAAAACGGAGAUGUGAUAGAGAACGGACGCCUGUUGAUAGCAGACGAGUCAGAAGAGAUGGAAAAAGGCUUAAACCAACUCUCACCUGUGCUGACUCACUGGCUCCAGACGUUCAAAUCUUACAUACCCUUAACGGUCUUCAAUAAAAUCUUCCUGAUUGACGACCAACAAGAGUGGAGUCGCCGGAAAGCCCCAACCGAGUCAAAGAUUGAUGACGGGAACACAUCUCUCCAAGUAUACGGGGGACACCCACCUCCAGAGGAGAUGCUGAUGCAAUUCGAAGAUUGGAUCGACAGCAUGGCAUUAUUCAUUAAAUAUGUGGCUGCAGAAGGCUGGAAAACGUUAGCUGAGAGAUUCGAAGGUCAUCGGGAAGUAGUCAUGGGAAUACGUGACAACUACGGAUGGAUGGUGGCAUUGAGGUAUUGCCGAAGAAUUCGCCAAGGGGUGAUGCGGGAAACGAUCGACAACAAGAUUCGCAAUUUCAGCAAACUUCAGUCAGCAAUCUUCGAAGAAGCAAAAGUGGUAGCCGAUUCAAUGCAAGAACGGGCGUACCGUACAAAUCCGUACGCAGCCGGGGGCCCUCUAUCUCACCUCAACCCGUUGACAGGCCUCCCACGGGCCACGCCUUCAACUUCUUCAGCAACGAAGAAGACGACCUACGAGGCCUCGGGUGCACGAUACCCCAGAUCAAGCAACACGGGUAGACAACCAGAGAGAGCAUGGAUCCCAUCACACGUCUGGCGAACAAUGUCAGCAGACGAAAAGAAAGCUUCAAGCGGGAAGGACAGAGGAGGUCCAAGCUAUCGAAAGGAGGAAGACUACGGUCGAGACCGGGAGUAUGGAAGCUACCGAGACCGGGGGAGCUAUCGUGACCGGAGAGAGAGAUACGAUAGAGACGAUAGAGGCGGCCGGAGACGCAGCCGCUCGAGAAGUCGUAGCCCGAAAGGGGGAAAAGGGAAAAGCCGAGAUAGAAAACAGUGA